GACGCCGCUCUGAGGCUGGGCUCGGCGCGGCUCGGAGCCGCUGCCGCCGCCAUGGCGCUGCCCCCGCGGCGCGGCACCCGGCGCUGAGCGCUUCCCACGCCAUGGCCGGGGCCAUCGCGUCCCGCAUGAGCUUCAGCUCGCUCAAGCGGAAGCAGCCCAAGACCUUCACUGUGCGCAUCGUCACCAUGGACGCCGAGAUGGAGUUCAGCUGCGAGGUGAAGUGGAAAGGGAAGGACUUGUUUGACCUAGUAUGCAGAACACUAGGACUCCGAGAAACCUGGUUCUUCGGCCUGCAGUACACUAUCAAGGACACGGUGGCUUGGCUCAAAAUGGACAAGAAGGUUCUGGAUCAUGAUGUGCCAACAGAGGAGCCUGUCACCUUUCACUUCCUAGCCAAAUUUUAUCCUGAGAAUGCAGAGGAGGAGCUGGUCCAGGAAAUCACACAGCACUUGUUCUUCCUGCAGGUAAAGAAGCAGAUUUUGGAUGAGAAGAUCUACUGUCCUCCUGAAGCUUCUGUCCUGCUGGCCUCUUAUGCAGUCCAAGCCAAGUAUGGUGACUACGAUCCCAAUGUCCACAAGCGAGGCUUUCUGGCGCAGGAGGAGUUGCUUCCAAAGCGGGUAAUAAACCUGUACCAGAUGACUCCAGAGAUGUGGGAGGAGAGGAUUACAGCCUGGUAUGCAGAGCACCGAGGCAGAGCAAGAGAUGAAGCAGAAAUGGAGUAUUUGAAGAUAGCUCAGGACUUGGAGAUGUAUGGAGUGAACUAUUUUGCAAUUAGGAAUAAAAAGGGUACUGAACUGCUCCUUGGAGUCGAUGCCUUGGGUCUUCACAUUUAUGACCCAGACAACAGAUUGACCCCUAAAAUCUCCUUCCCGUGGAAUGAGAUCCGGAAUAUCUCCUACAGUGAUAAAGAGUUUACUAUUAAGCCAUUGGACAAAAAAAUCGAUGUGUUCAAAUUCAAUUCAUCAAAGCUGCGUGUGAAUAAGCUGAUUCUUCAGCUGUGUAUUGGAAACCACGAUCUCUUCAUGAGGAGGAGGAAGGCCGACUCGUUGGAGGUGCAGCAGAUGAAAGCACAGGCCAGGGAGGAGAAAGCCAGGAAGCAGAUGGAGCGACAGCGCCUGGCCCGAGAGAAGCAGAUGAGAGAAGAGGCUGAAAGGACAAGGGAUGAGCUGGAGAGAAGGCUGAUGCAAUUAAAGGAAGAAGCAACAAUGGCCAACGAGGCCCUGAUGAGGUCUGAAGAGACAGCUGACUUGCUGGCUGAGAAGGCUCAGAUCACAGAGGAGGAGGCCAAGCUCCUGGCUCAGAAAGCGGCAGAGGCUGAGCAAGAGAUGCAGCGAAUCAAAGCCACGGCCAUCAGGACGGAGGAGGAGAAGCGACUGAUGGAACAGAAGGUGCUAGAAGCAGAGAUGUUGGCACUGAAAAUGGCGGAGGAGUCGGAGAGGAGGGCAAAGGAGGCUGAUCAACUAAAGCAAGACCUUCAGGAGGCUCGAGAGUCUGAGCGGAGAGCAAAGCAGAAGCUUUUGGAGAUCACUAGCAAGUCGUCCUACACGUCCAUGAACUCCAGCACGACAGCACUGCCAACCGACCUGCCAAGCUUCAACCUCAUCAGCGAGAGCCUGUCCUUUGACUUCAAGGAUACGGACAUGAAGAGGCUGUCCAUGGAGAUCGAGAAAGAGAAGGUAGAGUAUAUGGAGAAAAGCAAGCACCUGCAGGAGCAGCUGAAUGAGCUGAAGACAGAAAUCGAGGCGCUGAAGCUGAAGGAGAGAGAGACAGCUCUGGAUAUAUUGCACAACGAGAAUGCCAGCCGAGGCAACAGCAAGCACAACACUAUUAAAAAGGUAUCAGAGGGCUCCACCUCAAGCCCAGGGCAGAAGACCUAUCUGCAUUUGAGACUUCAAAGUAGGUUAUUCCAAGGUACUCUGCGUGUGGUGAUGGGGUCACCGGCUGCAACACUAACCUGUGCAUGAGCUUGCCUGUUGAUGUCCACUACUCUCGCCAGCUCCCAUUGCUGCCACCCUCACAGCGUUCCUUGCAGUGUGACACCAGUGUCCCCAGCAUCUGCCCUUCCCUGCGUGGGAAGCCCUGCCCGGCUCUCGCUCCGUCGGUAGCAUUUGCAGCUUCUCCACAUUCAUUUUCACACCUGAUUCCCCACGCUGGGAAGCGUCUUUCUUGGCAGAAGUUGAGUUGGCAACAUCAGCGGGGGAGUGCAGGCAUAGAUUCUUAAAUAAUUAAACAAGCCUGGUUUUGCUCUGCUGCUUGUGGCUGGGAAUCUAUCGGAGGUGCAGGGUGGCCUUUGAAGAUUUCUUUAAUGAAGUAAAACGGGAUCUGCCCCCUUGUUUGCUGCAGAAAGAAAUUCGUGAGCUUAAAAAACCAAACCAAACAAAGCCCACAACAAACUCCAUCACUUCCUUCUCACUGCUGCUGCCAAAGCUGUUAUAACAGACUGAACAUUCGCACUUCUGUCUUGGAGUGGAGCAGCACGUGGAUGUGUGGCCCGUGUCUGCCUGUCUGGGAAGCAUCAGGGCAGCAGAAAGCUGGCAGCAGGGGACAGCCAGUGCCUGCAGGUAUGGCUUGGGGAGGAGUACGGCAAGGGGACAGCACACGGUGUUGGCUAGCACGGCACCUCAGGGCAGCUCUUCUCAGCCCUGGGCUCUCCUCUCCUGCCAGCUGUCCCCAGCCCUGAGAAAUAACAGCCAUUAGGAAUAGAAAAGGUUUCCCGUGUCUUUCCCAGGGAACAGGGUUAUUCCCUGCAGGCCGUGCUCGUGGACACCAGCCCUUUUUGGAUGACUCAGAUAGCACUUCUGGCAUCGCCUCUGGGGAGAUAGCUUUGGGGCUUGCGUGUUCACUGAGUAGUUGUCUCCUCCAACAGCCCUGUGCUAGAAGCUCCUGCUAGAAGCCUGCAGAGUUCACCCUGUGUGGGACAGGAGCAGGGAGACAGGCACGGUGUGACACGUCAGCCUGACGGGAGCCGCUAGUGAAUUGCUGUUGUGAGCCAGCUGAAUCCCAAGGGUGGCCCUGCCCUGCUGCUGUGUGCCUCGUCCCCUGCCUCUGUUGCACGCUGCUCCUUUCUGCUCUGUCAGUGCCACAUCUCUGCUUCACAGAGCUGGCUGUGCUCCGAGGAGCAGCCUUGGGUGGCAGGCUGAGCCAGGAGCUCGUGUGCCCGGAGGGAAGAUGUGUUUGGGGAAGCUGCUUUGCUCUUUCCAUGACUGUGGUCUUGCGUGCACGCACAGACCAGCAAGUUUUGAGUUGUAGCACUGAAGGAGGAAGCAAUGCAGGCACUACAGUGAUGGCAAACUCGGCUGCAAAAAAACCUUUGUUAAAAGUUUGAGGGCUGGCAGAGCCCUGGCCUUGGAGCAGUUCUGCAGCACCUCUGGAGCUCUGUAGCAGAUGCAGGAACACGCUUCAGAUGCCGCCUUCUCCCCAGCACAUGACCAGAAGUGAUCAGCACAGGUCGGUGCCGUUUUGGGACGGCAGGGCAGUGCUCUGUGUCAGUCACUGUUGCUCCAGGGCUGUGCUGGUGUUCCCACGCCAGGCUGUUCUUACCACCCGGCAUCUCCUUUGGGAGGAAAAAAAGGUGGAAAAAGCCAAAAGCAAGGGGUGAGCCCACAGGGCUGGUCCACACGGAGAUGUCAGCAGUCCCCGUGGGGCUGUUUGCCUGUUGACACCCGCUGUCCCUUACCCAUUGCUUUGAGGAGCUCUGAGCUCUCAAACCUUGAAUUUGGUGCCUUGAAUUUGGUGAAAUCCACCUGUGCCCCGUGACACGGAGGGGAACUGAACCUCCAGUGAUCUGAGAAGGAAGUCACCCAGCAGCUGAGUGGGACGCAGUGCUGGGGAGGAGCCCCCAUAAUGAAACCAGGCACCCAGCGAGCACUGCAUUGUGACCUCUGGGUUUCGUUGCCUGCCUUUGAAGAUGCCUGCUAAGUUCUUCAUGUUUAAUUACGUGGUUAACAUGCUAAUCCUGUUUUACGAGCUCCGUGGGCACAGCACAAGCACCUCAUCUGGAAACUGAUUUCUCUGUAGCGCCGUGGGCUGGCGC